AUGUAUUCUCCAUCAAGAAGGACUCCCAUCUCUCCUAGAAAUGCAGCCAGGCUGCACGGUCUCUUCAAAGAGAACGAGUGGUACUGUAACUGUCCAACCCGAGAACGAGCGGUCAGGUUCCAAGUCAAGAAAGAAGGGCCAAAUCGAGGACGAUGGUUUAUGUCUACCUACCUAGUUUACACCUGCCAAAAAUCCCAGCAUCAACGUUGCGGGUUCUUUCUCUGGCAAGAGGAUGCCAACCCCAGAGAGAAAGAAAUACUAAUGGCCAACUCGCACUCCGAGAUCGACCCUCGCACCCAAACCCCAUCUAAGACUCUCAACGAAAGAUCAAGUGGUCUUCUUACCCCGCAAACUGAAUGCCGCAUAUUAGACAUCUCGCCGAACAAAUACACCCAGAAACCCCCCUCCACCCCACUGAGUGCAAAGGCUCGUAUGAUGGCAGAAGACACCGACGACUUUAGCUGGGAUCUUGACACUGAGGACGAAUCGGAAAUUACAGCGGUGUUAUCAUCUUCGCAAAGAGCGGACGAGUCCUUCAUAUCGCAACCUAAUUUCCAUGCCGUCGCAACCUCGCCAAACAAAGUGCCCCGCACUCCGAAAACAAUAUCUCCUGGCAAGCGCAAGCGGUUGGAAGACGUUGAAGGCUCCUCUUUCACCAGCAGCUCUUCUCUGUUCCCAACCCCAUCCUCGUCUCACUCAGCCUCGUUCUCAUCUCGUAUCCCGCCUUCCUCGGCUGAAUUGUGCAUGACGCCCACGCCGACAAAAUACCGUGAUGUUCUGAGUAGUGAAUCGCGAAGCAAUGAAUCAUCUUUCGCAAGAGAUAUUAUGGCAAUCUUGGAAAAACACGAAGUUGUCAUUCCCAAUGCCGCUCGCGAUGAGCUCGUCGCGCGGGCUAAUCUGGAAGACUCCAAGUGCAAGGGCGCAAUGCGUGCUCGGGAUAUGCUUCGUGGAACGAUGAAGAAGAAGGACCAGGAGAUGCAACUGCUGAAGGAGAAGAAUACCAAUUUGAGGGCGCAGUCUGAGAUGGAUCAGCAGAUGAUCAAUUCGUUCAGUCGCUGA